CCGCCGAGGACGACGACGAAGCUACCAUCUUGUUCGAGUUCUCCGAGGACAUCACGGUGCGCUGCCGCGACAAGGUGGUCAAGACGGAGCACCGCGACACCAAGGUGUACUGUUACUGAAGACGGCCCGCGGCCCACCAGGACCCUGCGUGCAGCAUGCGUGCAGUGCACUGUGGGGAUGGGGGCCCCUCGGCCCUGAAGUAGGCUGCACCGCGUAGUCGAGCACACCCUCCUAGAUACAGCACCAAACCUUGCCCGCCGCGCUGGAACGGCAUGAGAGCUGCGGUGCAAGGAAGCAAGACUACUUCUAGAAGCGGGAAACGACAGCGGAAUGGAUCAGUUUGAAUUGGAAGAGGCGCUGCGGUGUGAUGCGACUCGUGGGGCCCGGGCCUGCCGCCACCCUGGACCGUGAAGACUGCCGCAGCUGUGCGUGGCUGUGCGUGCCUCCGCGAUGCGCUGCGCGGGCUGGGCGCCGCUCUGGUCCCUCGGGGUCGCCUUCCUGCUGUCCGCCGUGCAGGCCCUGCCCGACGUCAUCAGGAUAGGCGGGCUGUUCCAUCCGGCCGACGACACCCAGGAGGUGGCCUUCCGCUAUGCCGUGGAGCGCAUUAAUGCCGAUCGGACGCUGCUGCCCCGGGCCCGCCUCUCGGGGCAGAUCGAGAAGAUAUCCCCGCAGGACUCCUUCAGAGCGUCCAAGAGCGUGUGCCACCUGCUGCAGUCCGGAGUGGCGGCCAUCUUCGGCCCGCAGUCGGGCCAGACCGCCAGCCAUGUGCAGUCCAUCUGCGACACGAUGGAGGUGCCGCACCUCGAGACGCGGUGGGACUUCAGGAUCAGGAGGGAGUCGUGCUUGGUGAACCUCUACCCCCACCCCAGCGCCCUGUCCAAGGCGUACGUGGACAUCGUCCGGGCCUGGGGUUGGCGGACCUUCACCAUCAUCUACGAGAACAACGAGGGCCUGGUGCGCAUCCAGGACCUGCUCAAGGCGCACGGCCCGUCCGAGUUCCCCAUCGCAGUGCGCCAGCUCGGCGACGGCAACGACUACCGGCCGCUGCUGAAGCAGAUCAAGAACUCGGCCGAGUCCCACAUUGUGCUGGACUGCUCCACCGAGCGGCUCUACGACGUCCUCAAGCAGGCGCAGCAGAUCGGCAUGAUGAGCGACUACCACUCGUACCUCAUCACUUCGCUGGACCUGCACAGCGUGGACCUGGAGGAGUUCAAGUACGGCGGCACCAACAUCACGGCCUUCCGCCUGGUGGACCCGGAGAAGCCCGAGGUGCAGCAGGCCGUCAAGGACUGGAUCCAGGGCGAGGCGCGGCACGGCCGCAAGCUGGACAUGGACGCCGCCAAGGUCAAGACGGAGACGGCGCUGAUGUACGACGCGGUGCACCUGUUCGCGAAGGCGCUGCACGACCUGGACAGCAGCCAGCGCAUCGACAUCAAGCCCCUGUCCUGCAACUCGGACGACACCUGGCCGCACGGCUACUCGCUCAUCAACUACAUGAAGAUCGUGGAGAUGCGGGGACUCACCGGCACCAUCAAGUUCGACAACCAGGGCUUCCGCACUAACUUCGUCCUGGACAUCAUCGACCUCUCCAGGGAGGGGCUGCGCAAGAUCGGCACCUGGAACUCCACGUCGGGCGUCAACUUCACCCGCACCUACGGGGAGGAGUACACGCAGAUCGUGGAGAGCCUGCACAACAAAACCAUGAUCGUCACAACUAUUCUGAGUUCCCCAUAUUGUAUGCGAAAAGACUCAAGUGCGAUGCUGACUGGCAAUGCUCAGUUCGAGGGCUACGGAAUCGACUUGAUCCACGAGAUCUCGAAGAUACUAGGUUUCAAUUACACGUUCAAAUUGGUCCCAGAUGGGCGCUACGGGUCGCUCAAUAGGGAGACAAAGGAGUGGGACGGCAUGAUGAGAGAGCUACUUGACCAGCGUGCUGACGUGGCCAUAGCAGAUUUAACCAUAACCUACGACAGGGAGCAGGCAGUGGACUUUACUAUGCCAUUCAUGAACUUGGGAAUUAGCAUUUUGUACCGCAAGCCAAUCAAACAGCCUCCCAACCUAUUCUCCUUCCUGUCCCCAUUGUCCCUGGAUGUGUGGAUCUACAUGGCAACGGCUUACCUGGGCGUAUCCGUCCUCCUCUUCAUCUUGGCCAGGUUCAGCCCGUACGAAUGGGACAACCCCCACCCCUGCAACGACGAACCGGAGAUCCUAGAGAACCAGUUCAGCCUCAUGAACUCGCUUUGGUUCACCAUUGGUUCACUCAUGCAGCAGGGUUCGGACAUUGCCCCCAAGGCCGUGUCGACUCGAAUGGUGGCUGGCAUGUGGUGGUUCUUCACCCUCAUCAUGAUCUCCUCCUACACUGCCAACCUGGCCGCUUUCCUUACGGUGGAGCGAAUGGAUUCGCCGAUCGAGAGCGCAGAGGACCUCGCCAAGCAGACCAAGAUCAAGUACGGCGCUCUUCGCGGGGGCUCAACCGCAGCCUUCUUCAGGGAUUCCAACUUCUCGACGUACCAGCGAAUGUGGUCCUUCAUGGAGUCGGCCCGGCCGUCCGUCUUCACGUCAUCCAACGGGGAGGGCGUGGACCGCGUGGUGAAGGGCAAGGGCAACUACGCCUUCCUCAUGGAGUCCACGUCCAUUGAGUACGUCAUCGAACGGAACUGCGAGUUGACGCAGAUCGGAGGCCUUCUCGACUCCAAGGGCUACGGCAUCGCCAUGCCCCCCAACUCGCCGUACCGGACUGCCAUCAGUGGCGCGGUGCUCAAACUCCAAGAAGAAGGAAAACUGCACAUCCUCAAGACAAAGUGGUGGAAGGAGAAGCGGGGCGGUGGCUCGUGCAGGGACGACCCCAGCAAGAGCAGCUCUGCCGCGAACGAGCUCGGCCUGGCCAACGUCGGCGGCGUCUUUGUGGUGUUGCUGGGCGGCAUGGGUGUGGCAUGCGUCAUCGCCGUGGCCGAGUUCGUGUGGAAGGCGCGCAAAGUGGCCGUGGAAGAGCGGAAAGAGUCGCUGGAGACGAAAGUUUCGCUGGACCACUUGCACUUUUCCCCACCGUGUAUGGUGCUGACUAAUGCUCACGGACCCCACGGCAGCCAAGGGCAAGCUCGCGGUGCCUUGGACGGACAAGCCUGCACUUCUCAAAGCACAGAGCAGGUCCCCACGUACAAGCCGUACUCAGACAAACACGCCCUCUCACGAGCCGAGUAACCGUUUUAGACAAUAAAAUGGGAGAGAAUGCAGUGUCAGCUGUACACGUGUCAGAAGAUAAAGCGUACGGAUCAAAGACAGAAUCUCAAUUAUUGUGUGUCCCGUUGAACGUUUGAGUUAUUGUUAGUGGAUUAAAAACCGUGAGGUUGGGUUUGUGUCGUGGCCCAAAAUAAAUUCAAUUGUGAUUUUUGUGAUUCAUAUGAGACUUUUUAGGAAUUUCAAACUGUCAGCCCAUUUUUUUCUGUAGAUUUGUAUGGAUUGGACUGCCACACUCGUUUAUGUUAGUCUUUGUAAAAGUAGGAAUAAGCUGUCGGUACGGUGGACUUUCAAUUGGACUUGGUUUUCAUAGACCGCCUUUAUUCAAGGGCUUUAUUCCCUCGAAUGUUGGGAAAAAGACUGCCACGCAUGUCUCUCAUAGCCUUCAUUGAGCACGAAUGCCAUGUUAAUGUUUGUUACUGAUAAGUGUAACCAUCGUGAGGUAUUACAAAAAUUGUGUCCCUCUGGGAAUCUGACGAAAACACACUGCCUUCCUUUAUUUUCUUAGAACAACGUUUUAGUGUAACACGUUUCAAUAGUUUUAGUAAAAUAUGGGUUUGUGGCGUCACAUAUCCUUACAUUUUGUUACCAUUGUACUCCAGUCUCCUCCAAUGGUUUGCUUUAUGUCAGAAAUUCCAGAGAACCCUUGCGGAAAACCUUGUCACUUCCUUGAGGAGUCGUUUGUUCCAAGACCAGUUUGUUUAUUUAAACAAAAAUAUGUCAUUUUAGCCCAUUCAAAUCCGUAGAUUUAACAAAAUAAUGUAAGUAAAACUUUAUAUUCGUAUGUUGGUAUCCUCUAGGCAAUAGGGUAAGACAGGCCAGUUCUUCAAAACACCGAAGACGCGUCUCUCAAUUAAUCACCUGCGAGACACUUAUGCUCCUGUGUUAUCUUUAAUUAUUUGUAUUCAUCUGGAAUCUACUGUUUAUAAAUAAAAUAAGUCAUUGGUGAAAAAUUUGUCAAAGAAUAAACAUUGAACAUAAUAAAUACUCAAUUUCUUGUGCCAAUGUGGUUCUAAAUAAAAACCUGUUUUUUUAAA